AUGAAAGCUACAGUAAAGUGGACAGAUGGCGUACAGUUUGUGGCCGAAUCCGGUUCAGGUCACGCUCUGGUGAUUGAUGGAGCUCCGGAUCAUGGAGGUCGUAAUACCGGUCCACGCCCAAUGGAAUUACUGUUAAUGGGGCUGGGUUCCUGCAGUUCUUUUGAUGUCAUUGCCAUCCUGAAAAAAUCCCGCCAGGAUAUUCUGGACUGUCGGGCAGAAAUUGAAGCAGAACGGGCAGAUGCUGUACCUUCCGUAUUUACGAAAAUUCACCUGCACUUUGUUGUCACCGGACAUAACCUGAAAGAAGCUCAUGUUAAACGAGCAGUAGAAAU